ACGAAAUUUCCUGGUCUUUUUUUUUUCUAUUCCUUCCACAUUCAGUCAGCACCACAUGACUUAAGUCACUUCUCAAAUCUCAGCGGACAAGGGGAAGACUUUUAAAGUAACAUUUGUCCGCCCGGGGGACAGUGUCGAUACGGUUUCUUGACAUUUUAUACAUUUGUAAAGUGAACAGAAUUAACCUCUUACUUAUAUAGGUCUAUACUACAUAGAGUUGACCUCGUACUGUUUAUCUGUAUUUGGACUCCUAUACAUUUUAUAGGAGUCUUAACAUGCUCACAUUUCAUUAAAAAUAUUUUUAGCAACAAAAGAAUAAAAAUAUUCAAAAAUCAUUUAGAUUUUCAUUACACAAUACUAGAGACCCAGAGACAUAGUAUUUCUUGGUGUUGAGGAGAAUUGUAUUAACUCAAUAGGGUCUGUAUUUGGUUUCCUGUGCAUGUGUUAGACAACGUGACUAUUGUUAAACACAGUGUUUCAAAAGUUAAACGCCUGAUGUGCAUGUGUUAGGAAGUACAACGUGUCAUGUGUUUAACUCAGUGUUUGAAUACGAAGAUUCACUAAAGUAAACAGGUGGAAAAGUUGUCAUCAAAAUAUCUCGAAAAUUUACACAAGUGGCAAGUUUCAACUUUCUCGUCUAACUCAAUGAGUGACCUAUGAGUUGUUCCAGUUCGACAUGACCUGCUGAUAAAUCGACAGAAGUUAAUCAUUUCCUUUGUGAUAUUUGUGAUGCUGUAUGGAUUAAAUCCUUCUUGUCAAUCUGGAGGGACUUGAAGAGAAUACGACUUUGGCGUAUAUGUCCAACACCACAGGACAUUUCUCUUCUGAACCAGAACAAUGGGGUGAACUUGUGAGACUUAUUGGCAACAGCCUCUUGACCGCCAUCGGCUUGGUGGCCAACACGUUCACCUUCGUAGUGAUGAAGACACCAAGACUGAGGUACAAGUCCUACUCCCAUUAUCUCAGUGCUCUGGCAGUGUUUGACAGCUUGGUGUUGGUGGAUCAGGAAAUUGUUGCAGUUGAUGGGUUUUUGUUAUCUUCAAGACUGUCAGGAAUCUUUCAACACUUUUCUCACGACGCUUGCAAGAUCUUCAUGUUCGCUGAUGCUGUUUGUAACCUCAUGUCCACUUGGCUGAUUGUAGCCAUGGCCAUCGAACGACUGUGUGUCGUCUACAUGCCAUUCAAACGCAACAUGUGGUGCCAGCAGCGCGGGGCAAUCAUCAUCAUCAUCUCCCUGUUUUGUGUCUUCUCGAGCACCCAAAUAUUCAGAUUCUUCACUACUGAGCGGAUAGGUGACGCUUGCGAGAGCCACGAAGACUUCCGGCCCAUCCACAUCGCCCUCCAUAUCUACAUGUACCAGUUCGCCUUACACUUCGUCGGCCCUGUCUUUCUCGUGCUCGUCAGUAACAUCGGCGUCCUCAUCAAGAUCUUUAAGGUGGAGCGAGCCAUACAGAACGAUGAGUCGUCGUCCACGAGGCUGACAGGUAGUGUCCACAGAAGAGGCAAGACCACGAGGAUGCUGGUGGCUAUAUCUAUGACGUACAUUGUCACCACCUUGCCUUUAGUCAUCGUGACUAUCUUCAUCCACAUCAUGAUCGAGCGGGUUAGCUUCCAGUUCGCCCCGACCCUCAUCCGACUGGUCCCGUGGAUACAUGUACUGCAAAUCAUUGCUAACCUCAACUAUUGCUCCAACUUUUUCAUUUACAUCAUGUCUGGAAAAAAGUUUCGCAAAGAACUGCGCCGAAUUUUCUACCAUGAAAACGGAAGUAGUUUUGUGAUUGGAAGUUCCAGAACUCGAGAUGAAAUCAUCAUGAUGUCUUACUAAAUAGGAUGUGUUUGUGAUGAUGUGUUAUAGCUGAUAAGAAAUGUGUGUAUGAUGUUUUUCUAGGACUCUAUGAAAUAAUUGCAAAAUGUAAAAAGAAAAAGACACAUCUAAUAGAGUUAACAAAUUAUUUGCAAGUCGUCUGAUAAUAUAGGUGGUAUGUCUUAGACUGCCAAAUGAGGAAUGAAAUGUAUUUUGGUUUCUCGGUGUAGAGACAUAUGAAUGUAAUAACAUUCCUUUCUAAAUAACAAUGCAUGUGAUAUGAAUAUUUUUAUAAGGAACAUAUAUAUGUUCUUCUGGAGUUACGGUGACCUAGUUGACGAACGGAAAAACUGUGGUCAAUAUAAUAAGGGAAUAAUAAAAACCAUCAAUGUCAAAUCAACCACUAAGUGAAAAAUUCAGACAAACUGUUAACAGACAACAGGUCAGGACUUUAAGAUAGUUGGGUUACCUGUCACUCAGUCUUCAAGACAACACCGGUGGCCUUUAAGCUGGUUCAAACAAAGGACCUAAAACAGGACAUGUGCAAUCUAAGACCUAUCACAGGUCAGUUGCAAGUUAAGGGCCGGGCAGGUGCACUUCAAAGCGCCCAAUGCCAAAAUAUAUUCAAAAACAAAAGGCCAGACAGAAUGAGAAAUGAACAAUACAUAAAGUUAAUGUGUUCAUACAGUUCUCUGUCCAGUGACGUCAGUGCACAAUGACGACUUCAUAUAAGGACUUAACUGCUCUAUGACGUCUCUUCGCACUGAUUUGUAUGCCCAAUGUCCCUCCCGGAGGCUGUGUGUUAGCACGAAGCUCAUAGGUCUCAACCGUGCACUCUCAUUGUUGGAUGUGUGUACAUUUGGGUUGAACUCUUGGGCCAUAAAUUGCCUGAAAACGUCGAUUUGGGACAAGGUGCAUAUAAACAUGACAGUUGUGUUGUUUUUAAUUUAUUUUGAAACUUGUUUUCUCUGAAUGUGACUAAAUUACGAGUUUCUUCAAUGUUAUCUUAAUACACACUUCAGACGUAAAAUGAAAAGCCCAGAUCUACAUCACAGAUAUAUUUGUUCAGAAGGCAGCCAUAACGAUGUUAUAUACCGUUAGUGUAUUAGUAUAUACUAUAUACCUAUAUAUUUAGUACUCUAGUUAUUAAAUUCUAAUUAAAAGUAUAUUUUCUGAAGUCAUCCCCCGCAAGCUCUCAUUUGUCUUGGCCUCUAUUAUAUAAGUUAUGGUAUUAUAAUACUUUAAUGAAAACAAACUCAAUAUAUCAACUUGAAGUGUCCAAUUGUUUGUUUGUUUUUUGAUCUAAGAAAGAUAAUAAUGUUUAUACCUAUGUCAAUACAUUUUUUAUUAGUUUUCUCCCUUUGAUCGAGUAUUCUCGGAAGUUGGACUUCUUCACAUAUUGCGAUAUGCUAAUAAUACACAAUGCUUUGGAUUUGAUAACAUGAAAUAAUUCAAUAAUAACAGCGACUAGAAUGGCUUAUUUAAGUAGAUUCUAUAGUGGUACUUCUGAAUCUCUACCGCUUCUACGUUAUUUCAUAGUCUAGCAGUUUUCUAGUUGUUAUCAUAACCAUGUAUUGUUUUCAUCUUCAACAACUUCUGUUUCAACUCUUAAUAUUAUAAUGAAAUCAGUUCAUUGUUCUGUCUGGACAUAACGACCUACAUUGCUGCACAAAGGAAUCUAGCUGACACUAGCUUAGCAGAUGUGUUGUCUCUGAUUCUGAAGACAUAGAAAGCCAAAUAAUAAAUAAUUGUGAAUACUAAUUCACUUCAUGCUCACUUACUUAUUUGUUACUAUUUAGGAGACGUUAUGAUGUGCAUGUCGUAAUCAAUAAAUGAAAGUGCUUGGUAUUUUGAUUCAAAAGU